ACCCGGUCGUGCCAGGGGGCAGGGGGCAGCUCGGCGGCGCGGGCAGCCCGCUGCGCUUCGCCCGGCUGAAAAGGAGCCGGGACUUGUUGCCACCCCCUCUUGUCCUCAGAAACCCAAAGACAGAUACAUGCGGUUGGAAGGCAUCAAAAUUCUGGAAGAGGCUGGAAGAUGAUACAACCGAAAGCUGACACAGAAGAGUCUGUAUCCCUGCAUGCUCCCAAACUGUUCUCGGUGGGAGUUUCACCACAUCAGGGAAGAGCUCAGCUCUGGGAGGGAGAUGGAGGGAGCACCGCUGCUCUGAGUCCUUGAGAUCUGUGGUUAGAGCCCCGUGGAAAUCAGACGUCACCUCAAGCUGCGUGUGGAGCUGCUGCCAUCCCCUGAAGCCUGUAUAAGGAGUGCAGCUGAGGAUGAGGCCUGACAAUGUAUGAUCUUCAUGCUAGCCAGAAACCCAUGGAUCACCACAUGGGUGUUUUCACAAUCACAGCAACAAAAGAGCAAAGGAAAGCCGUACCUCCCGCGGACACGAGGCACUUGUGGAGACAUUCCAUGUCGCUGGAAGGCAGCGGUCCCGAGGCUGCUGGGCUCAGGUCCAGGCUUCCCGUGGCACCCCGCGACAAGGGCUGUGAGGUGCUGUGCCCCAGGAGCGCCGCCGGGCCGAGGCAGGAUAUCAAUCAGAAGCUGCAGGAAGAUAACCAAGAACUGAGAGACCUUUGCUGCUUUCUGGAUGAUGACAGGCAGAAAGGCAAGAAGGUGUCCCGUGAGUGGCAGAGAUUGGGCAGAUACAGCGCGAGCGUUAUGCACAAAGAGGUUGCCUUAUACUUACAGAAGCUGAAGGAAUUGGAGGUGAGACAAGAAGAAGUGGUUAAGGAGAACCUGGAGCUGAAAGAGCUGUGUGUGUUGCUGGAUGAGGAGAAGAGUGGUGGAGCGGGCAGCCGGAGCUCUAUUGACAGCCAAAUCAGCCUAUGCCAAUUAACUGCAACGAGUGCUUACAUAAGAGAUGUCGGCGACGGCAGUAGCACUUCUAGCACGGGAAGUACAGACAGUCCGGAUCAUCAUAAACAUCAUCCAAGUACUAGUCCAGAACAUCUCCAAAAAACUCGGGGUGAAGGAAGCCCUGAGCAUCAGAAGCACAGGAGUAUCAGCCCCGAGCACCUCCAGAAGCCGAGGGGUUCUGGCAGUCCUGAUCAUCACCUGAAAGGACCAAGUCCAGAGCAUCACAAAACCAUUGUCAAAGCACCUGAACAACAAAAGCACAGCAGUAGCAGUCCAGAAACUCUCCCAAAGCAUGUUUUGAGUAGUAGCCCUGAACACUUUCAAAAGCAGAGGCCUGGUAGCAGUCCUGAGCAUCAAAAGCACAGCAGUAGCAGCCCAGAUCAUCUUCAAAAGCACACACAGAGCGGAAGUACAGAACAUCUCCACAAAGUGAGGGGUACGAGCCCUGAGCAUCUCAAACAACACUAUGGAGGGAGCCCGGAGCAUCUCAAACAUCUCAGCGGAGGCAGCAGAGAAGGUACCCUCAGGAGACAAGUAACAGAUGACCUCUCCCCUCACCACAGAAGUAUAUACAACGGAAUGAAUGAAUCAACCUUGUCCUAUGUUAGGCAGCUGGAGGCAAGAGUAAGACAGCUGGAGGAGGAAAAUCGCAUGCUGCCCCAGGUUGUGUGGAGGAAACUUGGAGAUGCUGCAGGGUCGUGCCCUGGAAUUAGACAACAUUUGUCAGGAAAUCAGUAUAAAGGACCUAUGUAACAGGCCCCAAGCACAUCCUCUCUCUGAAGAGAAAGAGUUUGAUCUGCUGGCAAGAGACAAAGACCUGACUGUGUCCCCAGCGCUGUCCCAGCUGGUGACGGGGUGGCUCCAUGCACUGCACGAGACUUCGCUGGGAGCUAGUGGAGAUGCUGCACAGAGGUCUUUGGAGGAGCUAGGUUUGCAGUGUCCCCCGGUACUGCUGUUUCAGUGUACUGGCUAGUGAACUGCUGCCUCGUCAUUGCAACGCGCCACAUUUAGAAGCACUGAGGUAUUUCCAUUCCUAACUAAACGAUAAUUGGGAUUCUGCAGGAGUUAAAUAAGUUAUUAUUUUGGUUAGUUACAGUGAAACUCUGGUAAGUCUGAACAAAUUUUCCACUAGAUUUAACAGAAGUUUUCCACCAGACUGGAGAGACAUUGAUAAACUGUGCCUUUGGUCCCCGCAGUUCUGACAAAGUCACUUCUUAGCAACUCACACUUCAGUCUGUAAAGUAUCUAAAGUAUCAGCUAAUGGUGCUUAGGCUUAGACGAUUUACAGCUGGUUCUUUUUCCUUUUUUUUUUUUUUUUGGUAGACUACCUGCCUUUGGAGGUGCUAAAAGACCAUACUGUCUCCUAACCAGCCAGUAGUGUAGCAUAACUACAGUACUUGUAGUGAAACACAGUUUCUUUCUAAAUGAAAGUGAAGAUAGCUUUCUUUUCAAUUUACUUUGAUACAAAACGUGAUGUCUGAUGUUCACAGCCCUUUAACAAACAGAAUACUUAGGUAUCACUAUUAUGGGUCUCAGAUCAGAAUUUCCAUUGGAGUUUUUUUCAGAAAGUGUUCUCCAAUUGCUAGGAUGCUAAUUUCUACUGUUUAAUUUACAAACACGCUGGUUUAUUUAACAAGACUCUAUAAAAAUCUAAAAGAUUGCACUGCAUUAUAAUAAAGCUUUUCUUGCUACUGUAGCAUUCUUUGAAAGCAAAAGGUUUUAUUAUACUCAGAGCAUGUCUUUCAUUAUUAUGAGGCAGAAAGCUCUUGUUUGGAUUGCCUGAGAUUUGACCAGAAGGCACCCUAGGUGUGCUUAGUUUAUUUUUUACCUCUGUGUAUGAUACUAGUUGUGUGUAUUGAACUGCAAUGAUAGGUAUUUUGUGUAUAUCUAAAAGCAACGAUAGUUUGAUGUAUGAAUGUGCAACAGGCUUGUGACUGCUGUUGCUUAACUUUUUACCAUAGCUGAGCAUCAAAAUAAUUAAUAAAAGUUUAAAAGAAAAAUAGGAAUGCAACAAUUCCUGGUUUUCUUGUUUGUUCUUGGUUACUGAGAUUUGAGCCCAAGUCAGAAUCCUUUUUCUCUGAGCUUGCAACAUGCUGUGUUCGUGAGCUAUUUGCAGUGGAAUGUAGCUUGGUUGCUGUACAAUCUUUUGUUGUAUAGGAGUAUGAUGUAAAAUCUGCUGUCUUCAGAAGAAGUGUGUUAAUUUGCAGCAGUAGUUAUAUUGGUUUCUGUUGUUAUUUUUACUUGGUACCAUUUGAUGUGAGGCCUCUGAUCCAGCAUUGCUUUCUCAGGCAAAACUCCUGGUUGCUCCGUCUCCUUGAGUUGGAAAUGCAGAAUCCAGCCUUCCGUUUUUGAGACAUUGCACUCUUGCAUAAUUUCUUAUAUGUAUAACCCAGCCCAAGCAGUUGUCUGUUACCUUUAUACAUUGUUUUCUCCCAUACAUAUUGUUUGCAUAGUUAAACUUAAAUUGUUGUAUUCCUAUAUAUCUAUAUAUAUAUAUGUAUGAAAAAAUAUAAAACAUGUACUUGUGCCUGCAGUACGUAUGUGCAGGGGCUAAUUUGAGGGACACUGGUCUUUUGACACUACUCUUGUGUAAAUUUUGAUACUGUAUUAAAACUAUUUUUUUACAGUUCCGCAUACGACUGGGUAUCAAGUAUCUGUGUUCAUCUUAGCAAUGGUAAUAAAUUAUAGAAUCUC